GGGCCUGGCGGUGUUCGGCCAAAAGGGUUCUCCGGAAUCAGAACUGCACCGAAAGGUUCCGCGCGAGCAGCUGCUGGGAACCACGUGAGCCCGGGGCGCGUUUCCGGUGCGGGCAGUCUCAGCCGGAGUGAGAGACCUGGCUUCUGAAGGGGACCAUGGCCAACAGUGAACGCACCUUCAUUGCCAUCAAGCCUGAUGGGGUCCAGCGGGGGCUCGUGGGAGAGAUCAUCAAGCGUUUUGAGCAGAAGGGAUUCCGCCUUGUUGGUCUGAAAUUCAUGCAGGCUUCAGAGGCCCUUCUCAAGGAGCACUACGUCGACCUGAAGGACCGUCCCUUCUUUACUGGCCUUGUGAAAUACAUGCACUCAGGACCAGUGGUUGCUAUGGUCUGGGAGGGGCUGAAUGUUGUGAAGACAGGCCGGGUGAUGCUUGGAGAGACCAACCCUGCAGACUCUAAACCCGGAACCAUUCGAGGAGACUUUUGCAUCCAAGUUGGCAGGAACAUCAUUCACGGCAGCGAUUCUGUGGAGAGUGCAGAGAAGGAGAUCAGCUUGUGGUUUCAGCCUGAGGAGCUGGUAGAUUACAAGAGCUGUGCACAAAACUGGAUCUAUGAGUGACAGGAGGGCACCUGCCCUUCGCCUCUACUUACCCUGUUCUCACAGGCAAGGGACCAGAAACUAAAUAUUUCUGGGACUUCCUUUGACCUGGAAGGAACCUCUGGGAGCUGUGACUCCCCGCGCAGUGUUAUGUGCCAUUGGUAGAUUAAAGUGUUUCAUCUCCA